AUGGCUUCAAAACAUCUGGUACCCGAACAGCAAAACUUUGUUCGACUAUCUUUUGCCUGUUUGGAUGAAAUUCGAGUAAUGCUGGGAGACAUUCUACACUGCCAGAUACCACCAGAAGAUCUCUUCAAGAAAAUCCAAGCUACCACGACAUUGUUAAUCGGAAACCAAAAGCUCAGUCCAGAACAAUUAAAACUUUGUUAUAAUCCUUGUCCUUUUGUCCCAGAUUAUCAAUGUUUUGAUAUCAGCUUACUGUACAAGCUCAUCCGGAACCUGUGUCAAACAUUACAACCUUCACAAGGAUGGGGACAAAAACCCCGCAAGACAGACAUCAAAAUCGGAGAUGAUAUUGAACGUCUCAGAUUAUUUAGAAAUGAGAUGGUUGGACAUGCGGGGUCUUCCUAUGUACCUGAUGGUAUAUUUGCUUCCAAGUGGAGUGAGCUUGAAAAUAUUUUUAAGAGGAUACAGGGAUUUUUAUCAUUAAACGGAAUCACAAAAAAUUUCCUGGAACAACUUGUAUGUCUCAAAAGAACCAACUUUGGUUGGCAGGAUCACGAAAAGAGCGAAAUGCGCUUGAUGUUCGAUCACGAAAAGAGCGAAAUGCGCUUGAUGUUCGAACGUAUUAAGCUUACAGAUACACCAAAACUAACAGUACAAGGUGAUGAACAAAAGGUAUGGGGAGAAAAGGUAUGUUUUAUGACAAGGUAUGAAGAUGGCGAUACAUCAAAUAACUGGCCUAUCACGUGGCAAAAGAUUAGAGGAAACACAAUAAAACAGCUAGACAUAAGUACAGAGAGGUACAGAGGUAGCUCCAGUCAACAACUGGUGAUCUCAAGGGUUAGCAAAGAUGAUCAGGGAGAAUAUCGUGCCACUGUAUUACGUGAGGAGAAGGGAACGCACAUCCUAAUCCCUAGUAACACCAUCUACCUUACGGUGACAGGAGAUUUACCGAUUUUGGAGAUAGAAAAUGCAAUCGAUGAAGGAGACAUAAUAACGAUUCAUUACUGCGUUUAUGACAACGAUCAAUCACCAGCUGUGCAUAAUAUUGUGUGGACCAACAACGGAAAAUCUUUAGAGACAAAUGCAGCUAAGUACAGCGGUGAACGAUUAAUGGAUACAUACUUAACGAUACACUCUCCAACAUUGACUGACAUUGGGCAGUACAGUUGUGAAGUUUCCAACGCCGUGGGAUCCGUCACGAAGUUCAUAGAUCUGCGUAAGAUAUAA